AUAAUGGAACCUAUGAUCCGUACGUACAAAUUUCUUCCAAAACGUCAUUGAGCUUUCAUUCCUCUGAACUUUCCAAAAAUCUUAGGCUCCUUCACAGCCAAGCCAUGAUCACCUGUAACCCUUCCGCAACUAACGCUCAUCAUCGACUAUCAACACGCGCGUUCUCUGCCAUUUGACCUUUUUUUCUUACCAAAAAACGAAGGCUUUCUUAUCGAUUCCCUUAUCGAUUCCUGAAGCAUCGAGGAUAGACGAAGCACCGUUCUCUUGCGAGCUUUCCAUUCGCGGUAGGAUCAAAACAUCGAGAGGAGACACAAGGUCUUUGAACGAAACCCUUGCAUUCGUCUCCUGUUUUGGGGAGCAAGGGAAGGUAGAGAGGGUUUCUGGGGAUCUAAAUUCUUAGUGGGCGAAGAUAAGCACGGCAGCAAUGUCUUUGGGUUAUGCCCAGAAGUUAUCUUAUAGGGAAGAUGUGGGCGUCGUUGGGUUGACUGAGCUUUUCGACCCACCUGCCGUUCUUCAGAGGAAAAUUGAAGAGCUGGCCCUGAUAAUAAAGAAGAGCAAGCAUUUGGUGGCAUUUACGGGUGCUGGGAUAUCAACUGCUUGUGGCAUACCAGAUUUUCGUGGACCAAAGGGUGUAUGGACCCUUCAGAGGGAAGGCAAGGGCGUGCCUGAAGCAUCUCUACCUUUUCAUCGUGCAAUGCCAAGCUUGACACAUAUGGCAUUAGUUGAAUUGGAAAGAACUGGCAUCUUAAAAUUUGUCAUUAGCCAGAAUAUUGACAGUCUUCACCUUCGAUCUGGAAUACCAAGAGAGAAACUUGCAGAGCUACAUGGGAAUUCAUUCAGUGAACUUUGCCCUUCAUGUGGAGCUGAGUAUCUGCGUGAUUUUGAGGUAGAGACCAUUGGAAUGAAAUUGACGCCAAGACGGUGUUCCGAUGUAAAAUGUGGAGCAAGGCUUAGGGACACGGUUCUUGAUUGGGGGGAUGCUUUGCCAGUAAAAGAGAUGAAUCCUGCGGAGCAGCACUGUAAAAUGGCUGAUGUUGUGUUAUGUCUGGGGACUAGUUUGCAGAUAACUCCAGCAUGCAACCUGCCACUAAAAUCCCUCAACGGUGGAGGAAAAAUUGUCAUUGUGAAUCUUCAGCCAACUCCAAAGGAUAAAAAGGCUAGCCUAGUUAUUCAUGGCCAAGUAGAUAAGGUUAUUGCGGGUGUCAUGCACUUUCUGAAUGUUCAGAUUCCUCCAUAUGUUCGUAUUGAUUUUGUCCAUAUUAACCUUAAACAUGCUCCAAGAAAGAAAACAUACGUGAAAUGGAUCCUCAAGGUAGCAAGUCUCCAUGGAUCAAGGGCUCCACUACCAUUUGUUAAAUCAGUAGAGGUUUCUUUUCCUGAAAGACCUGACAUGAAAACUGCAUUCCUGGCUAAGCAACCUUUUGUUUUGAAAAGAGAAACCGCAAGGAAAAGACCUUUUACCAUGGCUCUAAAGUUCAAUUUUAUUGAUGGUUGUCGCUGUUCAUUCACUACAGUUUUCUGGGGGGUUAAUUUUCAGGUUAAAUUGAAGAGCUUCAUCCAAGAUAAGAAUGAGGUUCUCAAGAAACUAAGAGAUGAUGCAGAUCAAGAAUCUCAGUGUGGGCAGCAGGAAAUCGUGGAGAAGCUGAUCCUUCCGAGGUCUGAAUCCGCCAUACAUGCCAUCACAACGAAUAUCAUGCGGUAUAAUCUUUCUGAGACUGCCAGUGUAGAAGAAGCAAGCUCCAUUGGUGAUGACUCGAAGAUCGAAAGGUUCGGAGAGGGUGAGAAUGGAGAUGAGAUGUCCUCAAAGCGAGCCAAGUGGUUCUGAUCUAUCAUGCUUUUUUACAGGUUUUGGUAUUUGGUUGUUUUUUUUUAUUAUUAUUAUUGUAUAUGGUUUGCAUUUAGAUUCUUACAACUUGCUGAUUUUUCUAAUAACUGGAAGCCAAUUCUGGGAAGAAAUUUGGCAUAUUGGACAUUGGAUGGGUGAAUUUUCCGAGCUUACACCCCAAUCCAUUGCCGUUCUGGUAAGAUACACGAGUUAUGACACCCUUUACCUUUACAAGUUGCAAUUUGAUAUUAAAUAUUUAAAUGUGUUAUCUAUAGUUGAACUCA